AUGGAAGUGAGUGGACCCGCUGCUACUGACACUCCUAAUAUUGGUGAUGACACUGUCAAUAGGGAAUCCUUUAUAUUUACAGAAGCAGAUGCAGAGCGCAUCCUUGCAAGUACAGACUUGCGUGAGUUGAGAGGGGAGACACCUCUUGAUGUUUAUCAUAAAUUGUUGAAUUUACAGAAAAGAGAGAACAACAAAUUAAUGACUGUAGAGACUGAUUACAGGGAGAGAAGAGUGUAUAGGUGGCUCUAUGGGAAGGAGGACAAUAGACCACAAUUUAGACGAAGGAGACGCUUUAAUAAUAGAAACAUUGCUGACACUGUUGACAGUAGUGGAGGCGAUUCAUCUGGGCCAGAUAAUGAUGAGUCCAACCCAAAUGUUAAUGCUGGUCACCCUUUAGGUGGGACCAUCACCUACAGCCAGUUUGUAAAGGAGUCAUAUUCCUUUAUACUGGAUUCUCCCUCACUCAUUCGGAGAGACUUGGAUACACAUGACCUAGAGAUUCUGGAGAGAUGUAACAGUGCAGAGGAUAUGCAGAGGUCUCUCUCUCAGAUGCUGUCCCUUGAGCGAAGUCUGUCACCUUUACAGGUCUCUGUGCUACUGGACUUGUAUUACUACACUUUGAGGUUCUGUCAGGACUGUGGGUUUAGCAGAGAACAAACAUCCUGUCUGGUUUCAAUCAUGAAGGAAACACACGGUGCAUGCCUUGAUACUCCUUUGGAUAAUGCUGAUACCUGCUAUGGAUACUUCAGACAGUUGCUGCUUUGUCACACGCUCCAGCGACCCCCAUUUAGCCUAAAUCUCUUCACACCGCAGCAGGUUCUGCUGAUUUCUGAAUACUUCCUGAAUACUUAUUUUCGCCAUUUUAAACUCUACAAAUAUGUCUUCACUCCUCAGGUGCUUCUGGACCUUUCAGUGUCACAUGAAGGAGUCUCAGAACCUGAGUCAGAUCCAGAAACAAGAGAUGGUGUAAGGCAAGUUUUUGUCUCUCCAAUGUGAGUUCAGCUAAUGUAUCUUUAUCUGAGGAUAAUCUUGCCAGAGCGGAGAGCGUUGGAUCAUCAGGCCCCAGGAGAAGAGGGGAUGCAGGAACCUGCUGGGGUCAAAGGCAGAGGGAAAACUGUGCUGAGUAACUGCAACGGGGGAGCAGGGUGUUGGUAACUGUCAGCGCCAGACACCUCUUCCAUAUGUAUGUCAUCAAUAAAUCUGCUACUGCUAAA